UUGAUGUAGAAGAGACAUGAAGAAGAGGGGACACAUGUUGAUGUAGAAGAGACAUGACUUUGACCUUUAAAGAGGUAAACCUUAUUUUUCUUCCACAGGUGCGCAGCGUUGGAAAGCGGGCCCAGGCCACGUCCUCUCGCCGCAGGAAGUCAGAGCGUAAAGUCACCCGCAUGGUGGUGGUGGUGGUGGCCGUCUUUGUCCUCUGCUGGCUACCCUUCUACGCUCUGAACAUCAUCAACCUGCUGGUGGUCCUGCCUGGAGACCUCAGGGGGCUUUACGUGUUUGUCGUUGUGCUGUCGUACGCAAACAGCUGCGCCAACCCCAUCCUGUACGGCUUUCUGUCCGACAACUUCAAGAGGGGCUUCAGGAAGGCCCUGUGCGGAGCGUCCCGCCGGGUGAAGAGCAACGGCAUGGAGCUGCAUCGCCCGACAGAGGAGUGGGGCGGCAUUGUGCUGCAAGUUCAAAAAAGUGAAGGGGUCGUCAAAGAACAAGAAGAAGAACUCAAUGAAACGGGAGGGGCUGUUCAGAUGAGUGAAAUAAGCCAAAAGGCACAAAAUGGAAACCACAGCGUAGACGCACAGACUCAUGCGGAGAACUCGAGUGUCAAACAGGAAGCAGAGAAAGAUUUGGGCUUCGACCCGGCGGAGCUAGCGUCCUCUAUGGUCAGUAGAAUCAGGAACAGGAAGUCACAACCUGAAGAAAAGCCAGACAAUAACUCAGUGCUUGAGAUCAGCUCUCUGUAACAGGAUGAUAUUAAACGUGUUUUAAAGAAAUGUAACAAUUACAGGUUCAGUGUUAGAUCAAAGGAAUAUUUAACAAUAUCCACAUCUUAAAAUAUGGGUUGGAUCUUGGUUAUUGUCUCACGUUUGUAUUAAGCCUGCUUAUGUUCAAUUGCAAAGAUGUAUUAUUUGUGAGUGUGAAACAAACAAAUCCAUGUUUAUUCGUCACUUUAAAAACAAACGUCCAGGUGUUACACAAAGAAGGUCAGCGCAGAUGUUGCCCCGUGUAUUUGUCUUUGUAACGUGAUUUUAGUGCAAAGUAUUUGAAGCAUUUCUCGGAUAUUGAAUCGACUGCUAGGUGAUUACAGAUUACAGUCUCAGUGUUAGAUAAUGGGGAGUAAAUAGUUUACAAUAUAUUGUGAAAUAGUGAAAGAAAAGUGGUAGUGUUUUAAUCAAAAAGGGAUUUAUUUUUACCAAAAAUGAAGUCCUUUUGACAAACUUUAUUCAGGCAUGAUGUUAAAAAUGUUGGAUUGAAACCAGAUGGCAAGCUGAAGAACACAUUUCAAUAUCUGAAACGCCUGAGUACGGUAUGAAGUUUACCAAACAUGCAGGAACACUUUAUGUGUGUUCACUUUAAAGUGAACCUAUCAUGCUAUAUUUGAAUAAUAUAGUGUAGGACCAUACCUAUA